ACCAACCAAGAGAGCGAGCGUAUGAAGAAAGAUCAGUGGAAAAAGUAUAAACAAAGGCGAAUACAGCAACAAGACAACUUUUGUGAAUUAAUUAGAAAUUAGAACUUGCGUGUGCAUUGGCGACUUAUUUUCCAUGCUUUUAAGAAAAGUGAUCAUGAUCUAUUUUCGAGACAUUUGGCGGUACUGUGCUAGGGGUUAGCUUGUCAGCAAUGUCCUUAUGUGAUGUUUUCAUGCAAUCUGAUCGCCUGUAAUUUGUUGCAUUGAUUGUUCACGCUGCUUUAAUCAAGAUGAAUGCUCUGGUAGCGCUCUGUCACUUCUGUGAGCUCCAUGGCCCCCGGACCCUGUUCUGCACUGAGGCUCUGCACCCCCCGUCCCCCACACCCUCCCAGGCUGGCGCCCCCAUACCCGGGGACAGGGAGUCGGACAGAGAGGGAGAGGGACUCACCAUGAGGGCGAACAGCUCAGCUACACAGAGGGGAGACAUGUGUGAGGGCUGUCGGUCUCUCCCAGCGUCUCACCCAGGCUUCGUCAGUGUGGACAGUGAGACAGGCAUCCGGUUCCUCAGCCACCAACACCCCAGACAAUCCCAGCUCUUCAGUGUGGUCCGCCAGGCCUGCGUACGCAGCCUCAGCUGUGAGGUGUGUCCAGGCCGUGAGGGUCCUAUCUUCUUUGGGGAUGAGCAGCAUGGUUUUGUGUUCUCGCACACCUUCUUCAUCAAGGACAGCCUGGCCCGGGGCUUCCAGAGGUGGUACAGUAUUGUCAUGGUAGCCAUGGACAGGAUCUACCUCAUCAACUCCUGGCCCUUCCUGCUGCGCCACCUCAGACUCACUAUACAGAGUCUACAGAACACAGCACUGAAGGUGUUUGACAGUGAGCAGUGUGUGUGUCCUCAGAGGGCGGUGAGGAUGAACAGUGUGUUCUCUCCUGCUGUCUUCCCCCACCAGAGGAGUGGUAACGCGGCCCGCUCCCUGCCCUCCCUCACCCAGCACACCAACCUCUGGGCCAGCCUACACUCCUCCUUCAGCUGGUUACUGAAGGCGUGUGGUAGUCGUCUGACAGAGAAGCUGCUGGAGGGUGCUCCCACAGAGGACACACUGGUUCUCAUAGAGAGACAGACAGAGCAAGAGGAGGAAAUGAGUUGCUGGGAAGGAGCAGAAGGGGGUGGGUCUAGACCCCAGUGCCAACAAUCGGAGUGCGAGCUGUACAGAGACUUCUUGUUUGACGAGGGGAAAGCGGAGGUGUAUCCUGGUCCAAAGUUCAGGUCCUUGAGACAUUUAAGACAGGUGCUCGGGACCACUGAUUUCCGCCAGCUAGCGUGGCACGUGCUCAUGGGAAAUCAGGUCAUAUUGAGAGGGGCGGACCCAGGGCUCAUCCAUUCAGCAUUCACCAUGCUGAAGGCCUUGCUCCCGGUGGGCUGUGUCCGCUCUGUGCCUUACAGCACCCAGUAUGAGGAAGCAUACCGAUGUAACUUCCUGGGCCUCAGCACUGACGUUCCCAUCCCCACACACGUCAGCUCCUCAGAGUUCUCAGUGUUGGUGGAUGUGGUCAGUGUGGAGAGGGGCUCUCUGUACUCUGCUGCUUGUGGUGAAGACAUCGUCUCACUCUACCAGUUCAACAUCAGCAGUGCCAACUCACAGCCCACAGACAAAGGUCCCACGUUGUUGAAUAAGAUCGAGGUGGCGUUGUCCAAUGAGAACCUGUCAGUGGACGUGGUCUCUCACUGUCUGCUGUGUCUGAAGGAGGAGUGGAUGAAUAAAGUGAAGGUGCUGUUUAAGUUCUCCAAGGUGGAUGGGCGAGGGAGGGAGGACACCCAGAAGGUGUUGGCCCUGCUGGGUGCCACAGGGCCUGGGGAGGAGGACAACGUCAGGCUGCUCAAGUUCUGGAUGACAGGACUCAGCAAGACCUACAAGAGCCAUCUGAUGACUGCUGUCAGAGGAGGGGAGAGGCCCCUUAGCCAGUGAGAGAGCAGUGGGAGAGACCAUACAGCUGGAGUGAAAUAUACUGCAUCUCAGCCUCCUCUGCGUGUAUCUCCUACUGUAUCUGGACAGACGGAGAGAGAAAGGGAAAGAAAGCGAGUGGGAAUCAGUGAGGAAUGACAGAUCGACUGACUGAGGGAUGCGUUUGGGUCCAGGUGGUGACUAUAUUAAAACUCAUCCUUCACAAUAAAGAACAAAAAUCCACUCCAUGGUUCGGUUUCAAAUUAAUAAUUUAUUCAGAUACUAAUUACUUAUUACGUUUUACAUAAUGUAUCUGGUUUUUUAUUUAUCAAAAGGGACUUCUUAUAGGAACACUGUCCACAAUUGUAUGUGUAACUUAUUAUAAAAGUGUCAAUAGUUUGUUAACACAUUGUACAGAGAUAUUCAAAUAAAAGAACUGCUUGAGCUGAAACUGAAA